UCUGUUUAAUGAAUUAACACCCACCCACCCAAAAAACAGCUGAUAUUGACGAAUCGUAACACAAAAGAAACCCUUUGUAGCAAAAUAUAAAUAUUUUACACCCCAAUAAGACGUGUAAUUCGGUAAAAAAAAAACUUUAAUAAAAUGGGUUCGUUGUGCUCGUCAUGUUUUGGAGGCAAUGGUGAAUCAUCUAACCUGAUGCCAUCACCGGAAACUCGACGUCGCCAACAACUUGAAGCAGCAGAACGCCGACGUGAAGAAAAUGAACAUAGAGGCAUUAAAAACCCGGACAGUGUUCGAAGACAACAGCAACGUGCAGAAGAUUUAGCUAGAAGAGAAGAAGAGGCUGCGCGAACAGGUGGCGGUGCCCCAGCAUUAAAGUGGCAAGCAAACUAAGUAAAAAUACUUAAGGGAGUUUCAGGAACUAACAGCUUUAAGAGCGUAUAAUUCUAAGUAUUCAAAUACGUAAACUUAUGUGCGUAUCAAAAGUGUUUAAAAUUUAAGACAGAUUUACACAUUGUUAUACAAAAUAUUAUACUAAGGGGGAACUUACAAUGCUAUAGAACGCUUUUCUAAAAAUUUUAAUAAUUGUUAAAACUCUUGUUGGUAAAUUUUUUUGUUAAUUUUUCGUAUGCGUUCUAAAGUGAUAUUGUUAAUAUAUAUGAAUAUACACAUAAUGUGCUGAUAAUAAAAUUUGAUCCCUCUUUUCGGUUCAUGUGUAAAACAAUUCAAUUUGUUAUAUCACACAAAAAUAUUUUUUUAUUAUAUUAUAUGUAUGUACAAAUUAAAAAAAAAAAGAAACAAUACCAAAAACUAAUGGAAGCACAUUAUGUAUUUAAUAAACAUUUGCCCGUAUUGCAUUUUGUAAUUUUCUAUCUUUGUAAACAAUUUGUUGUUAAUAAAAUUAGAGCUAUAAAUGUA